CUUUACCUUUGCUCGUUGCCUGCCUUUUAGUCGAAGUGGACAUCCUCCUGUUUGGUCAGCAGUACCGCCGUCGAGAGAAGUCAAACUGGUGUCGGAAAUAACUUCGUGGGUUCUUGAAGAAGUAGGAUUUAUACAUUAGUAAAAUGGCCAAUCUCAAUCCAGAUGAGCUUGAAGAAGUAACAGAGGUAUUUGACCUCUUCGACUUUUGGGACGGCCGUGACGGUCUUGUCGAUGGAUUCAAAAUUGGUGACUUGCUCCGGUGCGUGGGAAUGAACCCAACGCAAGCCCAGGUCUUCAAGAACGGCGGAUGUAAAAAGCAAGGAGAAAAACAGUACAAACUUGAAGAAAUUCUUCCAAUUUACCAGGAAUUGGCCAAAGAAAAAGACACUGGAACAUUCGCAGACUUCAAUGAAGCUUUCAAAACCUUUGACAGAGAAGGUCAGGGCUUUAUCUCAGCGGCAGAAUUGAGACACGUACUCACAUCACUAGGUGAGCGAUUGACAGAUCUACAGGUUGACGACAUCAUCAAGUUCACUGAGCUCCACGAGGAUUUGGAAGGAAAUGUCAAUUUUGAAAAAUUCAUUAAAAGUGUGAUGGCAGGACCUUUCGACAAAUAAAGAAAUGUUUAUACCUACAAAAUGCUGACCAUGUACAUAAGAGCCCUGCGAGAAAACAAGAUCAAACAUCAGAACAUCGCCUUCACACUAUUUUAUUUCGUUUCUCUGUGUACAUUUCUAUAUUUUGACUUGAAAUGAACAAACGUUCCUUUCUGAGAGAAGAGAAGCGCAUCUCUUAUUGGACAAUCCUGACGCCGAGAUAGACACGUGACAGUCAUGUGACACUCACGUGUGAGUCACUUGUUCGGAAGAUAAUGGAAUAUACAUGGAAUAUAUGGUUCAAUGGCGUCAUCUCCUCACUCGCCAAUAGUUGUGGACUUGACUGUUUGUAUAUAUCUAUAUUUAUCAUCUUGAAGUUUUUGAAGUUUAACUUAAAGUAGUUUAAUUUUUUUCAGAAUUUAGUUAGUCCAAGGUUUUUAGUCAUCCGCGCACCCUGCGUCGCUAGCUGUAAUUUUAGUUUGCCUAGUUUUAGAUAAUUCCUAGUACUUUACAUUGUAUGAUGUGUUCUGUAUGUAUUUAUAUAUAACGAAAGAACGGUAUCACCCGACGCGUCUAUUUCGGCGUCGAGGUUGAAAGAAAAUAGAAUUUCGCCCUCGUAGUACAUGUAUAGCGAGAAACAGCCAACCUACAUCUGGGACUUUCGAAUUUCUUGCUCGUCUGUAAAAAUCAAGUCGACAGAUUCUGAAAUAUUUCUUACAAGUUUACAGUGAGAUUCAAGGAGGUCAUUUAUAGUGACUUCGCAUGAUUGCCUGUUUCAAGAAAGUAUGAGGAGGUUGUGGCGCGGUUUUGACGUGCAAGGAUAUUAAAGAAGUCCCUUCGAUGACAUCCUAAUGGUGUAUGAAGAAUAACAUGUCGACUUGAGUUGCUGGAUUUUUGCACGCAACUGCAGUAUAAUUUUUAUGCAGAGAAUAUUGUAUCCGACCUGAUAUUAUAACAGCUAUGUCAGGAGAAUAAACCUGCGGAUUACCCAAAUA